UUUUUUGUAAUUGUUAUGUUUGAUCAAUAUAUUGGUUCAUUUGAAAAAGUUUGUUAGAAAAGAAGUUAAAGUAAGUGUGGAAAAGAGAAAAGUGACAGUUGCACUUUGUUAGCAAGGUGGAUGAGUCAUGGCUGGAGCUGUAAGUUUGGAGCUGGAUCCUGUUUUCCUCAAGGGCUUGGGAUACCUACACUCCAAGAGCAAAGACUCUGCGGAGAAGUUGAAGGCUCUGCUGGACGAGUCCCUGUCCAGAGGAAGUGAUUCAGCGUAUCGUACCUCACUGAAGGAAGCUGAGCUUUCCAAAGUGUCAGUACCCAAGCUGAUCAAACAGGAAUCCAAAUUGACGUCCAGCUCGUCCUCCUCCUCAUCGUCAUCGUCGUCCUCUUCGUCGUCAUCGUCCAGCAGUAAAUCCAGCACCUCGGAGAAGAGCAAGAAGGAAGCAGAGAAGAGACCUGCUGAGAAGGUGAGGUUGGAGUGCGGAGAUGCAGGCGAUCCACCCAAAAAGCCACGUCUGGAUAAAACGGAAAAUCGUUCGUCCCCCAUCGCCUUCCAGACUAAAGACGUUCCCAUAGGAGAUUUCAGCUACAGCGACGAGACCAACGCUGACGACUUUGCCAUGGAGAUGGGAUUAGUGUGUGUUGUGUGCAGACAGAUGACGGUGACAUCUGGGAAUCAGCUGGUGGAGUGUCAGGAGUGUCACAACCUGUACCAUCAGGAGUGUCACAAACCUCAGGUGACGGAUAAAGACGUAAACGACCCGAGGUUGGUGUGGUACUGCGCACGCUGCACACGCCAGAUGAAGCGCAUGGCUCAGAAAACACAAAAGCCUCCUCAGAAAGCAAGUCCGACUAUAACGUCGGUCACUCCGGUGGUUAAAGACCCGCUGGUGAAGAAGGCGGAGCUGAAACCCAAACCAGACACGACGGGAUCUUUUCAGGCCUUUAAGAGGACCGAGGUCAAGGCAUCAUCUACGGCACUGGUGAACUCCUCCAGCAGUGCCUCGUCUCUCCCCUCGGGCAGCGCCCUCACUGGCUGGGCUGCCUUCACCAAAACCUCCGCUUCAGCUUCCUCUGGAACCAAACCAGGCCUUGCCAAGCCCCUCCCCUCUUCCAGCAGUUCAAAGCCCAUUGGUCUGUUUGCAUUGGGCACCAAAGCACAAACAGGAAGUGGAAAUGGGAACAAUGGAGGUAACGGGAACACGGCGGCCCCGCUGAAGCCGCCGCCCCCUCUCACACUAGGGAAACCUGCUCUGAGUCGUUCUGGCAGCGGGGAGAACCCUGGAAAAUCCGGCUCCUCCUCCCCCGGGGCGAUCGGCUCCACUGGUGCGGGUGGCUCGAACGGGGGCACGGGUGGCUCAAAUGGGGGGGGCAAUGGAGGCAACGGGGGCAACAGCAGCAGUAAUAGUAACAGCACCAACAGUCAGAAAGCAUCAGCUGACGGCAAAGCACCAACAUCACAGGAGUCUCAGCUCAACGCCAUGAAGCGCCUGCAGAUGGUGAAGAAGAAAGCAGCGCAGAGGAAGCUGAAGAAAUAAACACCCAGCACUGAGAGAGAGAGAGAGAGAGAGAGAGAGAGAGGAAUUAAUUAAAAGAUUAAGAGUCUAAUGAACUGAUACUGAGGAAGUGACCGUGUCACACAGAGAGAGAGAAGACAGGAAGUAAGGUGAGUGAGAGAGAAAGAGGGAGAGAGAAAAAGAAAAACUAAAAUGAAUAAUAAAUGAACAUUUUUUAAAAAAGAGAGAGACAGGUUAAUAGGGAAAAAUGGGAGGAAAGAAAGGAAGAAAUACAUACAUAGAGUACAAAUGAUGGGCAGACAGGAAGGAAGGAUGGCUGGAAAGAAAGGCCAUAGAAACAGUAUACAGAAAGCCAGAAAAAAAGAGAAAAUAAAAAUUAUAGACAGAUAAAAAACGGUAUGGAAAAUCGACGAUGAUGAUGAGAAUAAGAAUAAUUAGUCUCAAAGAGGGAGGGUGUGAGAGAGGUGGGGGGUGCACAUGACCAAAUCCCAAAUGAAUAAUAAAUCAACGUGAGAGAGAAAAAGAAAGGAAAUAUAUCCACAAUCCAGCACUAAUACUUGAAGGUGUGUGUAGAUGCUGCUCAUUUGUGUGUGUGUGUGUGUGUGUGUGUGUGUGUGUGUGUGUGUGUGUGUGUGUGUUACGCUCUCUGUGCCUCAUUUGUUGUAAAGCAGCAGCACUGAUCAACUCGUACUUUUAAUAAACACCUUUGAUAAAACAGGAAA